AUGAAAUGCUUCUUCAUAGUAGAUGCCCAAAACGACUUCCUCCCCAAAGGGUCGUUCAACUCUCGAGACGAUUACAUGGACGCACUGAACAAAAUUAACGCCAUAAGACUAAGGCUACACAACUGCACAGAAAAGGACCUAAUGAAAUUAAACAACUGCAAACACAUGAUGCAGUAUCAACCGAAUAAAUUGUUAAAGGAAAAUAUCGUCCACUAUCACCAGUGCAGCCAUGAUAUUGAUGAUGACCAGAGGGUAGGGGACAUUCUUCUCUUCCCAUGCGAUGAUAGGAUGGUGACCAAUUGCUCCAAUGGAGUGAGCGCCCUAAACGUUUGCAGCGGAUUACAGAAGCAACCUGCACAGGGCACAGUGAACCAAGUUGGCGACGUGUCCAAUCACAGCGGCUGUGCAGACACGCCGCAAUAUACCACACCCAACGACGCAAACAACGUUACACUACUAAACAGUACAGAAGACAGCAACAACGGAGCAAGUGCAAAUUUUACUCUGAAUAUAUUAUCCGUGGACUACCACCCGCAGCAUCAUAUUUCCUUUGCAGAAACGCACAGAAAUGUGUUUGAGCAGAUAAGCAAAAAUGGCGGCAUCAAAAAGAGCAGCGCAAUCUUGAAUGGGGUAACCCAAGUACCGUCUCACACUGAAGGCGAUGGGUUAGCAGUAUUUGAGGGGGAAGCUGCAUGCGACGACGACGGUAUGCUUCGCCAUGAUGAUGGUGAUGAAGGGGAGGUUCAGCACGAACUACAGGCAGACCUGCUACAAUCUGCGUUCCUGGAGAAACAUAAAAUUUUGAACCUGACUGAUGUGAUGAAGAAUAUAAACAAUAUCAAGUCGACGAGGUACAUUUACAAAAAUGUUAAUUCCGUUAGUGACAUAAAGGAAUACAGCAAGCUAAAUUUUCUGAACCAAUCAAUAGAUGUGUGGCCAGUCCACUGUGUGCGGAACACCUGGGGGUGCAAAAUACACCCCAAUCUUAUUAGGCACAUAAACGAUAUUGUAAUUAAGAAGGCCGACACGGACAACCACGACAGUCAUACUAUUUUUGAAAACAGUGAGAUAAACGAGAAAAUUUUAAAACUGCUCAAUGGACUCAAUAUAAAAUCUGUUUACAUUUGCGGGUUCAUAUUUGAGUACUGCGUAAAGGAAACUGCUUUAUCUUUUUUGAAUUUGGGGUUCGAUACCUACAUUGUGGAGGACGCAACGGCAUACUUGUUCGGACGGGAGGAGGAUAAGGACUACUUGAAGGAGAAGGGCGUCAAGUUUGUGAACUCGUCCACCAUGUUCGCUUGA